UUUUCAAGUGCUUUAAACAUGUCCGUUUUGUUUCUGUAAUAUUCUAUUGCAUAAGUAACACAUAAGUGUAGUGACUAUCCAUCGGGUGUAAUUGUGUUAAUAUAGAAAUAUAUGUAACACAACGUGUUGCUAGUUAGCUAAGCAGCUGAUGCAGGCAGCGUCAUCGGCCGUGCCCUAAACGACUCCAUACUCCCUACUCACUGUGUAGUGUAACAAUGGCUUCCGCAGCAUAUGUAGGGCACUAAAUAUUUGUAUCAGAGGCAUAUCGAAUACAACCGUAAUCCUUCAUGCUUGGUUGCUGCGUUUCUUUUAACAGAGAGCAGAGUUUUCCGACGAUUUCUCACCGCAAACAAAUGAAAGCAAAAAGCCACUCCCACUCCAACACUAUCCAGUGAACUUGGCAUAAACGGUAACUUGUUUCAAAAUGUUAUCAGCCUUUAAGAGAUCUUUCUUCUUUGUGUCAGAAUUAGUGUUGGUCACCAUAGCAACAGCUAUCAUCUAACUACCUCUCACCUAUCAGUCUGACCUGGCUUUAACCACAGAGACACACCCGUUUAAAUCUGAUGAACGAUGUCAACCGGAGACUCAGGGGAUCGUGGGAAAGAUCGGGAACGGGGUGCUCGUCCAAAAGUGCGUCAGAGCCGCUCAGAGGAACGGCAAGAUGGAGGGAGGCGGAAAGGAGGCAGGGGUAAAAGGAAAGGUCGCUUGGCUCACGAAGCCACGGCUGACCGGCCAGUCAGCGACGGCUUUGAAUACGGUGAUCUCUUAAAUGGGCUAGAACCCAGAAACGGAAGUUUUUCGUUUCGUGAGCGUCGGUGGCGCCAAGUCCUCAGCUCACCCGCAUCCUCGUUGACGGAGAAAGUCUCAGCCAGGAUAUCUCAAAACACUGCAAGCGACGAUCAGUCGGCGUCUGAGACCAGCAGCAAGUCUUCCAGUGGCAGUCGUACCCUCAGGCAGAAGAUUCAGGAUGCUGUAGGCCAGUGCUUUCCCAUCAAGACCCACAGUGGACCUUCUGUGUCAGGGCAGGGCAUCUCAGAGUCCCCUGUCCCAGCUUCUUCCCGGAGAAAGAUACAUCUGAGUGAACUCAUGCUGGACAGCUGCCCAUUUCCACCUGGCUCAGAGCUAGCGCAGAAAUGGUACCUGAUCAAGCAACAUACAGCUCCAAUUUCCCAACCACCCGUACUCGACACUCUCUCUGGCACCGGAGCAUCUGUGUCGACAUGCACUGCUUCUGCAGCUUCCGUAGUUGAGGAUGAGGAUGAUCGCUUGAGAGAGAGGCGGAGAAUCAGCAUAGAGCAAGGUGUCGACCCACCACCCAAUGCACAGAUCCAUACGUUUGAAGUGACUGCCCAGAUCAACCCACUGUACAAGCUCGGGCCCAAGUUGGCACAUGGGAUGAACGAGUUGGCUGGAGAUGACCGGGCCACUCUACAGCAACAGCAGCACAUGCUUCAGAGGCAACAGCAGCACCACCAAAUGCUUCUCCAGAGCUGCUUGGACACUCUAGACGAGGUCGUUGCAUCUUCCUCAGGAUCUGCCCCAUCCUUCUCUACUGAAUCCCAUCCGGAUUCGGAUUCCUCCUCAUCUUCACCAUGUUCCAUGACGAGAGGGUCUCUGGUAACAACAGAGCACUUCAAACCUCAAGAUGGCCACCAUCGUGCCCACACGCAGAUCGACUACAUCCACUGUUUGGUGCCUGAUCUGCUCCAGAUCACCAACCUGCCGUGUUACUGGGGGGUCAUGGAUCGCUAUGAGGCUGAGACACUCCUGGAAGGCAAGCCAGAGGGAACAUUCCUUCUUCGCGACUCGGCUCAGGAGGACUACUUGUUCUCUGUCAGCUUCCGGCGUUACGGCCGCUCUCUGCAUGCCCGUAUUGAGCAGUGGAACCACAACUUCAGCUUCGACGUACACGACCCCAGCGUGUUCCACGCGCCCACGGUCACAGGCUUGCUGGAGCACUACAAAGACCCCAACUCAUGCAUGUUCUUCGAGCCCUUACUCUCGAACCCCAUCCAUCGCACCCGGCCGUUUAGCCUCCAGCACAUCUGUCGCGCCGUCAUCAGCAGCUGUACCACAUAUGACGGUAUCAGUGCCCUGCCAAUCCCCAAUGCCCUCAAGGAGCACCUUAAGGAAUAUCAUUACAAGCAGAGGGUUCGUGUACGAAGACUUGACACUGGGUGGGAGGUUAAAACCUCUGUGUGUGAUUUUUGCUAACUUCUACCAUGGCCAGUAAAAACUGUCAACUAAUCCAGCACUCCUAAUGCAGGCAUGCUAACUGCAACGCAAGCAGGAAAAUCGAACCUUUUAAUUGCAAGCGUUUAAAUUUCUUCAGUAUAAAACCAUGGUAAUCCUAGCUUGUAUAAACCACUGAUUCACAGAACCAAAGCAUCGCUUAUAUGACAAACACCGCACCACUUGGUUACUAAUUUCUACCACAGGCAGUAUAGACUAGCAAGCACCUUGUGGCUAGAAUCAAAACCCACAUGUUCUAAUGCUAAUCAAGGGAAGAUUGCGCUAAACUUACAUUACGAAACACCUCUAGCAUUGACAAACUAGCAACUCCAAGCAUGCAAACGCUAAUACACUAACAAUUGCACGACUCGGUCGCCAACUGAUACAAUGGCAAGUAGAAACUAUUGUGAUAGAGCUAGCAUGAAUCAACCACUGCAUGUCAGUCAAGCACAUGAAAAUGCUAAUCUGUUUUAAUGACCACGUUGCGUUUUCAAGUGGCCUUGAAAUGAGAUUUGGUGUUUCAGAGCUAUUCGUGCGUGCCUUGUGUAUAUCAGCGAAAUGUUACAUUCAUGGGGUUGGGGCAUGGGUAAUCCCCUGUUAACCCUGGCUAGCAUGUUGCAGCUUGCUAUAAAAUAAACCAGCUAGCUUCUUUACACCAAUCAAAUGGCUUUGAAGUAUUGUUAAUGUAAAUAGCUAGCUAGCUAGCUAACUAAUAAACCUGUAAUUAAAUCCAGCUAGUAGGUUUUGUAGCUCACAGCUUUGGAUCCUUCAAUGGAUUUUGGUAAAAUAAUUCACCCAACUCAGCACAAGUACCUAGAUUUCAAUCAUGUGAAAGGAAUUUCAAGGAAUAUUCUAGAAACUCCAGUCUUGUCUAGAAUUGCCAUUCAUGUCCCAGGAUGGCAUAAACUGUUUAGCUCUCUGUAUAAUGCCCAUGAAAAGCUAAAAAGCUUAAAUCACUGAUAUUACAAUUAGUCACACUCGAUCAAAGGUGCAAAAAGUAAAGAAAACCUUAACGAAAUAUUUUAUUACCUUGGCAAACAGUGACGAAAUACGUCACGUGAAUUGCACAGCUUUGCCCUGCCUCUAAAUGUCAUCCUGUAGAAUUGUGGGUGGGACAAAAAUCUAUAUAAUACCAAUUAUUUGUUUACUCUGCCUCUUUUUACACACCCAGUUAUGUUUAGCUCACUUCUUUCCCACACCCACUCACAUUUCACCUUCCAGUUCCUCACACCCAGUCACAUAUCACCUUCCAGUUCCUCACACCCAGUCACAUAUCACCUCCCAGUUCCUCUCACCUUGUCACGUUUAGCCUUCCUCUUUCCCACACCCAGUCACACUGCACCUCCAUCUCCUACAAACACAAUCACGUUUGUUUAGGAAAGCCAACUUCUCACAAGCCAAUCAGAUUGCUUCAGGUUGAAUCAGUCCCGCCCACAAGAAUAAGGCAUUGCACUUGGAAGUACAUCAUAAUAAUCAGUAUGUGUUCGAAUUACUGUUACAUCAUGAAGUCAUUUCACUGCAGAACAUUCCAGACCUGCUGACUAACCUUCAUAUCGUUUGAUAUUUUGUCCUGCUCUAACGAAUCACUCAGUUUGUUACACCUUUAGAGGAUGAUUGUAGAAUAUUUAAGGAUAUUUAACUGUGGAUGAAUGAAGUACACAAUUCUUUGCACCACAAAUUAAUGAAUGUAGCAGUUUUGUAAAAUUUCUAGAAGAAAGCAGAAGGAACUCUACUUCACCUCGAUGACUAGUGAUGCCUUUAUUGUCUGGAAGUCCACAUUUGAAGGUUAUUUUUUUGCACUAUUUCCUUACACGUGUCUCAACAUGGGUUAACUAACCAGCAGCGUCGAUUAGACAUGUGUAGAAUAAUCAUACUGCACUUGUUGGUAUCAUAAUUAUUAGGAUGUAUCGUAUACCUGACUAUUGGCACAUGCUUAGCGAGGGUUAGUAUGAUUAAUCUGAUAUAAUUGGAUUAAUAUAUGGAAAGCUUCCAAACCUGCUGCAUACAAACACACUGUAUACACACACUGAGAUUCUCUCUUCAGAGUCUUAAGUAAUGAAGAACUGGAUAGCAGAACUGUAUUUAUUGCAAGUGUCUUAUUUUUGUCUUUUUUUUUUGUGGGCCAGUUUGUGAGAAGAUUUCAUUGCAAAACAUUCUGAGCUGCAUGAUAUUUUAGCUUGCUAAUGCAACCGCAUACAAAUGUUUGGUGCUCUGCGGUGCUAUUGUUUUUUAAUGCGCCUUCUGUUGAAUCCCAUGUGCUAUGUAAAAUGUCUUCAAGUUUUCAUUUGAAUGCAGUUUACAUGACUGAUGGUUGAACAUUCAGACCUCAGGGUUACUUACCUGGCAGUGAAAUGUAACUUCUAGGACUGCUAGCUAAUAUGUAUUCAUUUAGCUAGUUAGCUCAUUUGCUAGAUGAAAGGUUUGGAGAAAAUCUGUUAAAAAAAAUACCAGAGAAGUGAAAUUGCAUAAUUUUAGUUUCCAAUGUAUUAAUGUUCUAGCUUUAGGACUACCUGACACCUUGUUAUGUCUAUAUACACGAUAUUGGCAAAAGUAUUGUGACAACCCUCCAAAUCAUUGAAUUUGGGGGUUGGGCUUGGCCCCUUAGUUCCAGGGAAAGGAAUGCUUAAGGGACUGCGCACCAGUGCACAACGCAAGGUCCAUAAAGACAUGGAUGAGUGAGUUUGGUGUGGAGGAACUUGACUGGCCUGCACGGAGUCCUGACCUCAACCCGUUAAAACACCUUUGGGAUGAAUUAGAGUGGAGACUGUGAGCCAGGUCAAAACUGGGACGUCUGCCUUUACAUGCACAUGAAUAUAAUAUGGAGUUGGCCCACCCUUUGCAGCCAAAACAGCUUCAAUGCUCCUGGGAUGGAUUUCCACAAGGUUUAGGAGUGUGUUUAUGGGAAUUUUUGGCCAUUCCUCUAGAAGCACAUUUGUGAGGUCAGGCACCGAUGUUGGACGAGAAGGCCUGGCUCACAGUCUCCGCUCUAAUUCAUCCCAAAGGUGUUCUAUCGGGUUGAGGUCAGGACUCUGUGAAGUUCCUCCACACCAAACUCACUCAUCCAUGUCUUUAUUUACAAAGUUGGGAGCAUGAAAUUGUCCAAAAUGUCUUGGUAUGCUGAAGCAUUAAGAGUUCCUUUCACUGGCGCUAAGCUCAACCCCUGAAAAACAACACCUGAAUUCAAUGAUGUGGAGGGGUGUCCUAAAACUUUUGGCAAUAUAAUGUACUUCAAAGGCAACCGAGUAAAUUUUAUAACAUAUAUUUAAUGUAGUUAGCUAUGCUACCUAUUUUGCACCUCAUAUAUAUCUGGUAAGUUUUGUUUCUAAUUUUGGUAAUGAAUUUAAGUUGCAGAAGGUAAUCAACAAGGGCGCAUGAAGAACAGGAUCGGAACACAUGGCUUUAUUUUCUUAUUUAAAGCGCCGUUUUUAACUUUGCUGUUUCACUUGCUUUCCAGUCCUUUGUGUUAUUUCGGGACCACACUGAACAUCUGCUGAACAAAUAAAUACACCAACUCUGAAUAUUACUGUGUUUUUGUUUUUUUAACAUAUUUAUUUCUUUUCUUUUCUUUUUUAUUUAACACAUACUCGGGUUUUUGCUGAUAAUAGUUUAUUUCUAACACAGCAAGAUAAAAAAAAAAAUAGGUGGAUGACAUGAAAAGCAGACAAUAAAC